UUUCAGCAACUGAAAAUAAAUGAAACUCCUCAGGGUUUUGGAGAUGGACCACUUUACUUUCAUGUUGGCAAUCAAUAUAUCAGCAAGUCGUUUAAUCAUCCUCAAAAUCAGGUCAAACGUGGGACGCCUCCACGAUUUGGCCGAUUUCAAUCGGAUAUUCCGUCUCAGCAACAGCCUUUUAAUGGAUAUUCUUAUGUGACUCCCUGGUUUAUGUCCACGGCACCCAGCGGCACGAGCAAACUCUCUGACGGAAUUGGUAUCUUUGGCGCGCCGCCUGAAAACGGUAGAUUCGAUCAUUUACACGCCAAUAAUCGUGGGUAUCAACGUCGACCUUAUCGUCUCAAUAAUAAUAGCAAUGCCUCUUAUAACGGGCGUACAAAUAGCCAUUCCUCAGGAUCCUGGGAUUUUUCCUUUAAAACCGAAGAGGAGCUUUUCUGUAACAGUUCACCCAGAGCUGAUAUCAACUUAGAACUCUAUGAUAGUAUUCCAGUAAAACAAUCCGGACCAGAUUGGACUGCUGUCGAUCCACUGACGUCGUUUAAUGAUGUGAAAUUGCAUAAAGUCCUUGUGGAUAACAUUGAGCGUGCUAGGUAUGUUCACCCAACGCCGGUGCAGAAAUACGCCCUUAAAAUUGUGCUGGCGAAGCGGGAUCUUAUGGCCUGUGCCCAGACGGGUUCCGGAAAGACGGCCGCCUUCUUACUACCUCUUCUUCAUAUGAUGCUUGAGAGUAGCUCAAAGGGAGGCGAAAAGGGAGAUGACUCUAAGGUGAAAGGAAAUCAAUCUGCACAGACGAGCGUGGCUAGUCCGACCUGCCUAAUUCUUGCACCCACGCGAGAGCUCUCUUGCCAGAUAUUUGACGAGGCUCGUCGGUUUGCCUACCGUUCAGAAUUGAAGCCCUGCGUUGUCUACGGUGGUGCUCCCGUAAACAAUCAAUUGCGCGAUCUUUCACGAGGCUGUGAUCUUCUCGUCGCCACCCCCGGCCGUCUCGUCGAUGUAAUUGGGAGGGAGAAGGUCACACUAGAGAAUGUCAAAUUUCUUGUCUUGGACGAGGCGGAUCGUAUGCUUGAUAUGGGGUUUGAGCCACAGAUUCGCAAGAUUGUCGAGCAGAAUGGAAUGCCCGACUCAAGCCAGCGGCAGACUCUUAUGUUUUCUGCCACAUUUCCAAAUGAAAUACAAACCUUGGCAAAGGACUUCUUGAAAAACUACAUUUUCUUGGCCGUGGGACGUGUGGGCAGCACUAGCGAAAAUAUAUCCCAAGAAAUCUUCUACAUACAAGACAGGGAUAAACCCGAACGUCUUGUUCGUAUUCUCAAGGAAAAGGAGCCGGCAGCGCUUACUUUGGUCUUUGUGGAAACCAAAAAAGGUGCCGAUUUGCUGGCAAACUAUCUAAGCCGGCUUCAAUUUCCUGUUGCCGCGAUUCAUGGUGAUCGGCCUCAGGCUGAUAGGGAGAGGGCUCUCUCUUCGUUCCGUUCCGGUAGAACUCCCGUCCUCAUUGCAACUGCAGUCGCUGCUCGUGGUCUUGAUAUUCCCAAUGUUAAGCACGUAAUCAACUUUGACCUGCCGUCGGACAUAGAGGAGUAUGUACACCGCAUUGGCCGCACUGGCCGUAUGGGUCAGCCGGGCUCGGCCACUUCCUUCUUCUGUGACCGCAAUCAGAAUGUAGCCCACCAGCUGGUUGAACUAUUACGUGAAGCCAAGCAACCAGUGCCCAUUUGGCUGGAUCAACGUGUGUCUGGUACUACUGCAGGCAGCAACUCUCUCGGCUCCAAUGGUCGACGUUAUGGCAAUGGCACUCCGAAUAGAAGGAGUGGUGGUUAUCGGCCUAACUACGCAUCUCUUGACUUCCGAACUGGUCAGAAAACCAACACCAGCUACGUGCAAAAUCCGCAAACCCUAGGCCUUUUAGGGAAUUGUGCGGCUUCUCUUGCUGCAGCGGCUUGUGUUCCACCACCGCCGGGUCACCAAUUGCGCUACCAACAGCCGCCUCCGCAUCAAAAUCCUUUUGCCACUGCUGCAGCUGUUGCAGCUCUGCAGGGCCUUCAACAAGGUCAUCCGUUUGGUCCGCCUCCACCACCACGAGGCCUUUUCGAUGCGCGCCCACCGUCCUCGUAUCCUCCACCGCCGUUUGGUGCACCUCAGCGGUCCAGUGGACCCCCGGCACCGCCAUCACUGAUGCAACAGCCUGCAUCAGCUGGUCCGCCUCCUGCGGCCAACCCGCAGCAACAGAUGCAUCAGUACCUCGCGGCUAUGCAACACGUCGCUAGCACUGCUAGUUCAUCUUCUGAGUAUGCUGCUGCUAACUACCAUCAAGCAUUUGCGGGGUACGCUCCUCCACCACCACCGCCACAACCACAAGACGUAUUCACAGCAUCUUCGCCUCCUGUGAAGGCGUCUAGCAGUGCUGAAGGUCAAAUAAUGUCUUCAGCCUUCUAUGGAAGCUCUGGCUCGCAUCACCACCACCAUCAGCAGCAGCCAAAUCACGCAGCUCUAGCUGCAGCAAUGUCAGCAAUGGCUGCGGCUGCUAUGUCGAAUGGGCAAAUAGAGGGGCCUAGUGCUAUGGAGGAGGAUAAGCGAGUAGCCUCUGCCGCCGUUGGCGGAGGUGGAGGAGAGUGGUGGGUGAGUGCUCCUCCACCAAACAUCUCGGCCUACCCUCCGUCUACGAAUGUACCUCAGCCCGCGGCUACCGCAAACUAG